AUGCCGCCGUCUCAGCCUCCCGUCGAAGGUGGUGCCAACCGCAUCAUCAUCGUUGGCGGCGGCCUCGCCGGCGUCUGCGCAGCGCACGCAUCUCUGCAGCACGGUGGCAGCGUGCUGCUGCUCGACAAGUCCGCGUUUCUCGGCGGCAACAGCACCAAGGCGUCUAGUGGGAUCGCCGGCACACCAACGCAGGCGCAGAUCGAUGCUGGCGUGCUCGAUGGCGUGAAGCUGUUCACGGAGGACACAAACCGCAGCUUUCACGGCGUGCAGGCGGGCGAGAAGCCGGGCCCCGUCUCGCCACUCGUGUCGGAGAUGGCGCGUCUGUCCGGUCCGUCGCUGGACUGGCUUGUCCGAUACUUCAACUGCGACCUGUCGAAGCUCGGCUUCAUGGGCGGUCAUAGCCGUCCCCGCACCCACCGCGGCAAGGAGAGGUUCCCUGGCAUGGCCAUCACGUACGCGCUGAUCACCGCGCUGGAGGCGGUGCAGAAGGUAGACCCCGCAAGGGCCCGCAUCUUGACGAAGGCACGUGUGGUGCGCCUCGUGCGCCACCCGCUGGAUGGCCCGGUCACCGGUGUCGUCUUCCAGGACCGCGAAGGUAACCAGCAUAUGGAGCGGGGCGCCGUGGUGAUCGCGACCGGCGGCUUUGCGGCAGACUUCGCCCAGGACGACUCGUCGCUCAUCGCCCGCUUCGCCCCGCAGCUGACCAAGUUCUCAACGACGAACGCCGAUCAUGCGACCGGCGACGGCAUCAAGAUCGCUGAGCAAGCUGGCGCCGGUCUCGUCGAUAUGGACCGCAUUCAGGUGCACCCGUCCGGCCUCGUCGACCCGCGCGACCCCAACAACCACGUCAAGUUCCUGUGCGCCGAGGCGACGCGCGGAGCCGGCGGCAUCGUGGUGGACAAGCACGGGCAGCGCUUCGUGGACGAGCUGGCGCGCCGCGAUCAGGUCAGCGCCGCCAUGCUGAAGCACGACAGCGCCAGCCCCUUUUAUCUUCUGCUGAACGAGAAGAGCGCGAGGGAAAUGGAGUGGCACUGCAAGCACUACGUGGGCCGUGGCCUCAUGAAGCGCUACGCCAGUGGCUACGAGUUCUGUACGGCUACCAAUACAAAGCCCGAGGCCCUGGCGGCGACGUAUGAGCAGUACAAGAAGGAUGCCGCUGUCAACGCUGCCUCGCGCGGUGCCGACUCCGCCGCCGCAGGAGCCGCGAAGCGAGGCUUCUCUCUCUUCGGUUUCGGCGAGAAGCGAGCGGCAACGGGCACCGCGGUAGCCAAGGACAGCAGCCGCGGCACCCCCGACCAGUUUGGCAAGACGGUGUUCCGCAACGUGGACGCCUUCAGCAUGGACGGCCCGCUCUACGUCGCGUGGAUCGCGCCUGUUGUGCACUACACGAUGGGUGGCUUGCACGUCAACGAGCGCGCCGAGGUGCUAGACGCGAAGACGAAGAAGCCGAUUCCUGGCCUGUACUGCGCCGGCGAGGCCGCUGGCGGCGUGCACGGCAAGAACCGGCUCGGCGGCAACUCGCUGCUGGACUGUGUCGUGUACGGCCGCGUGGCUGGCGAGGCGGCGACCAAGUACCUCCUCGCCACAUACAUGGGGCCCUUCUCGAACAACCGCCUGAACACAAUCUACUCGCACCUCGCCAUCGAGGACCUGCCGCCGGUUCCGAAGGCAGCCGCCCCCACCAAGCCGGCAGUGGCGCCGGCCGCCAGCAAGGAAGCUCAUGCUGGCAGCGACGCUUCCCCGGCUGCCGCCGUGGAUGGUGAGAAGCACAAGGGCUUGAAGCGCUACACUCGCGCGGAGGUGGCGAAGCACAACAAGGAGUCGGACUGCUGGUGCAUCGUGCGCGGCCUGGUGCUGAAUCUGACUGAAUUCCUGCCGGAUCACCCAGGCGGCAAGCAGUCGGUGCUGAUGUACGCCGGCGGCGAUGCGACCAAGGAGUUUGACCUGGUGCAUCAACCGGAGGUGAUCGACAAGUAUACGCCGGACGCCAUCAUUGGUGUUGUGUCGGACUAG